UGUGAUGAUAAUUUAACAAUACAGGAGCUGCCAGAGUUUGUAUUUUCCAGGUACAGGGAGAUGGGGCGAGGGCAACGCAAAGCGCUUCACGGCGGCGAGAGAGUGCUCAGCUGUGGAUACGUCUCGAAAUGGAAUUUCUACCCCUGAUAUGAAGUGACCAAGAGGAAGCGUUGAGCACUUUCCUCUGAACACAGGACAGGAUGGAGCAGCCGUUUACUGUGAAUUCACUGAAAAAGUUAGCUGCUAUGCCUGACCAUACAGAUGUCUCCCUAAGCCCAGAAGAGCGGGUCCGGGCCCUGAGCAAGCUUGGAAGCAACAUCACCAUCAAUGAAGACAUCACCCCACGCCGCUACUUCCGGUCUGGUGUAGAAAUGGAGAGAAUGGCAUCUGUGUAUUUGCAAGAAGGAAACUUGGAAAAUGCUUUCGUUCUUUAUAAUAAAUUUAUAACCUUGUUUGUAGAGAAGCUUCCAAGCCAUCGAGAUUACCAGCAAUGUGCAGUACCCGAAAAACAGGAUAUUAUGAAGAAACUGAAGGAGAUUGCAUUCCCAAGGACAGAAGAGUUGAAAAAGGACCUUUUAAAGAAAUAUAACAUAGAAUACCAAGAAUAUUUGCAAAGCAAACACAAAUACAAAGCUGAAAUUCUCAAAAAGCUGGAGCAGCAGAAGCUGAUUGAAGCCGAAAGGAAGAGGAUCGCUCAGAUGCGCCAGCAGCAGCUGGAGUCUGAACAGUUCCUGUUCUUCGAGGACCAACUCAAGAGGCAGGAGUUAGCCCGCAUCCAGAUGCAAAGUCAGGAGAGCCCCGUGCUGCCGGAGCAGACGGACGGCACCGUGCUGUCCUGCUUCUCCGCUCCCCAGAACCAUUCCUUGAUGAGUGUGUCUGCUGAUCAACCUACCAAGAGGGAGGCGAUUGUGAACCAGUCUCCCCCAGUAAACAGGGCCUUAAAGCCAGUGGCUACUCUGAGUGCUGUUCAGAAUUUAAUGGUUGAAGGACUGAGAUGUGUAGUUUUCUCAAGAGAUCUUUGCCACAAAUUUCUGCUCCUGGCUGAGUCUAACACAGUCAGAGGAAUAGAAACGUGUGGAAUACUCUGCGGAAAACUGACACAUAAUGAAUUUACUAUUACCCAUGUGGUAGUGCCAAAGCAGUCUGCAGGUCCAGACUAUUGUGACGUGGCAAAUGUGGAAGAACUGUUCAGCAUUCAGGACCAACAUGACCUCCUCACCCUGGGAUGGAUCCACACGCAUCCCACGCAAACUGCAUUCCUGUCCAGCGUUGAUCUGCACACGCAUUGCUCCUAUCAGCUUAUGUUGCCAGAAGCUAUCGCCAUCGUUUGUUCCCCAAAGCAUAAUGACACUGGCAUUUUCAGGCUCACCAAUGCUGGCAUGCUUGAAGUUUCUGCUUGUAAAAAGAAGGGCUUUCACCCUCAUACCAAGGACCCCAGGCUGUUCAGUAUAUGCAACCAUGUGUUGGUAAAGGACAUAAACAUAACUGUGUUGGAUCUGAGGUGAUAUGUCCCAAAUAUAAGCACCAUCAAUGCCAGACACGUGCGCAUGGAUAUGAUAUGUGUGGUUGCCGGAUUUUCUUAACAUCUUUCCAGAAGUGACUGAUAUUUUAUAUUUAUAUAUUUUAGAUCAAAAAGUUUAAUAUUUAUUGUCCUUGUACAACUUGAAGUUUUCUUUUUGGGUUGCUCUGUCUGAAGAGGUAAUGUAGGUUAAAUCAAUACCUAUUAAUGUACCCAGAUACUGUCACCAGAAAUAAAUUGUGCUGCAGAUAA